AGCCGGGAGGGGAGGAGAAGGCGGAGGCUGGCUCGUCGCUGUCGGGAGCGCCUGCCCUGUCAUGGAGGAGCUGCGUUGGGAACGGGGCGCGGCGGUGGCGGAGGCUUCGGUGUAAAGAAGCGGCGCGGAGGCUGCUUCGGGAAAGCCGAGUCGAAGACGACGCGAUCCUUCGACGCGCCUCGGGAAGGCUGCAAAGUAUAGCACUUGCUUUGGAAGUCCCAUGUUGAAAGUUGAUGUUGUGUACAACAGUAACACAUCUGCCAAGGAUAACUCACAGAACAAUAUCCAAAUUUGUGGUCCCAGAGCACAGGCGUCUUGCAUUCAUCUUGCUUCUGAAGAACAAAUCCAAUUGAGAGGAAAAGACUAAAUGGAUCUUAAGACAGCCGUAUUCAAUGCUGCUCGUGAUGGCAAGUUACGACUCCUCACCAAGUUACUGGCAAAUAAAACUAAAGACGAGGUGGCUUUGCUGAUGUCAGAAAAAACAAAUGGUGCCACUCCCCUCCUAAUGGCAGCCCGAUAUGGGCAUCUUGACAUGGUGGAACACCUACUGGAACAUUGCAGUGCUUCUAUAGAAAUUGGUGGUUCUGUGAAUUUUGAUGGUGAAACUAUUGAAGGGGCGCCACCGCUGUGGGCAGCGUCAGCAGCUGGUCACUUGAAAGUGGUUCAGUCUUUAUUAAAUCAUGGAGCAUCUGUCAACAAUACAACUUUGACAAACUCAACACCUCUCAGAGCUGCCUGCUUUGAUGGUCACCUAGAAAUUGUAAAGUACCUUGUGGAACACAAAGCAGACUUAGAAGUGUCUAACCGUCACGGACAUACAUGUCUUAUGAUAUCUUGCUACAAAGGACACAAAGAAAUUGCUCAGUAUUUACUUGAGAAAGGGGCAGAUGUAAAUAGAAAAAGUGUCAAAGGAAAUACAGCAUUGCAUGACUGUGCAGAAUCCGGUAGCCUGGAAAUCAUGAAGAUGCUUCUGAAGUAUUGUGCAAAGAUGGAAAAAGAUGGUUACGGAAUGACUCCCCUUCUCUCUGCAAGUGUUACAGGCCACACAAACAUAGUUGAUUUUUUGACUCAGCAUGUCGAGACAAGCAAAACAGAAUGCAUCAAUGCCCUGGAACUCUUAGGAGCCACAUUUGUGGACAAAAAGAGAGAUUUGCUUGGUGCUUUGAAGUACUGGAAAAGAGCUAUGGAUAUGAGGUACAGCGAUAGGACUAAUGUUCUCAACAAACCUAUACCUCAGACAUUAAUUAUGGCCUAUGAUUAUGCCAAGGAAGUGAACAAUGCUGAAGAGUUAGAGAACCUAAUUGCAGAUCCCGAUGAGAUGAGAAUGCAGGCAUUGCUAAUUAGAGAACGUAUUCUUGGCCCUUCUCACCCAGAUACAUCCUACUAUAUUCGGUACAGGGGUGCUGUCUAUGCAGAUUCUGGAAACUUCAAACGAUGUAUCAAUCUCUGGAAAUACGCUUUGGACAUGCAGCAGAGUAAUUUGGACCCUCUGAGCCCUAUGACUGCCAGCAGUCUUUUAUCAUUUGCUGAACUCUUUUCAUUCAUGUUACAGGACAGGGCAAAAGGUCUACUGGGCACAACAGUUACCUUUGAUGAUCUUAUGGGCAUAUUGUGCAAAAGUGUCCUUGAAAUAGAACGUGCUAUUAAACAGACUCAGUGUCCACCUGACCAGAUACAGCUCAACAAAGCGCUUUCCAUCAUUUUGCAUUUAAUUUGCUUAUUGGAAAAAGUACCUUGUAGUACUGAACAAGAUCAUUUUAAGAAACAGACUAUAUAUCGAUUUCUGAAGUUGCAUCCUAGGGGAAAGAAUAACUUUAGCCCGCUCCACUUGGCUGUUGAUAAGAACACAACGUGUGUGGGGCGCUACCCAGUUUGCAAAUUUCCUUCUUUGCAAGUCACAGCUAUAUUAGUGGAAUGUGGUGCUGAUGUAAAUGCUAGAGACUCUGAUGACAACAGCCCUUUGCACAUAUCUGCACUGAACAACCAUCCUGACAUUAUGAAUCUUCUUAUCAAGUCAGGUACACAUUUUGAUGCAACAAACUUACACAAACAAACUGCUAUUGACUUACUGGAUGAAAAAGAGAUGGCAAAGAACUUGAUCCAGCCCAUCAACCAUACUACAUUGCAGUGUCUUGCUGCCCGUGUCAUUGUGAAUCAUUGCAUACAUUACCAAGGGCACAUCCCGGAAAAACUUGAGAAAUUCGUUUUGCUACAUAGAUGAUAGCCUCACAAUAGACUCUUGGAACUAUGGGAGCAUGAGUUAGCAACAUAGUUAUGAUAUGCCAGCGACACAUCAUUGUUCAUUCAGCUUGGUCUAUCUUGAUAAUUGACUAAAUCAUUAGAAAUGGAUCUGCAGAAUUGGUUUUACCCAGUAUUUAAAAGAAACAUAUCAUAUAAUAUAUUUUGUGGAUUAUUUAGAAAUGUAACACUAUAUUUGGACUCACUUAAAUUGCCAGCCAAAGGCUUGUCUAUUCUGGUUUAGUUUGCCUGUUGGUUGUUUAGGACUGAAUUGAAUAAUUUUGUGAUGUUGUCUUAUUCUUACUAGUGUGUGAAUCUUCUAUAGUUGGGAAAUCAUUUUUUUCGUUCCUGCUUGAGCAUUUCUACUUUUUUCUAAUGAGUUCAUUGCUGAACUAUACAAGUUGUAAAGACUUGUUGACAUUUGCAAUUACCAUAAGUGCUUUUAUCCUCUCUAUGCACUGGCUUCAAUAUGACUGUUUUUGUGUUGGCAUAUUUCUAUGCACCACUUGGCUAGUUCCAGCUCUGAUACUGUGUUCUUGCAGUUUGUUAGAACUUUCUUGGAAAUAUGCUGUUUACAGCCUGACAGUUUUUGUCAGCUGUAUAAACUUUAAUUUGACUUUUUUUCCCCCUAGCUGUUUCUGCAGUUGCUUUCUAUUGGUUGGUUUUUUUUUUACAGAGUUUUGUGCUGAAUUUGGAGUAAAAUGUGCUCAUGUUGGCAAACCCACUUUAAAUUAAGAGUGAAAGUUGUUUUAAUAAGUCUUGUUGCAAGCAGAAAGAAGUAAUGUAUUGCUAUCUUCUCUUCUGCCCUAUUGUUUUUGUUGGGGCUGACUAUGCGACUAGGCAUAGAAAUUUUUAUUUCAAAUUUA